UAUGCUGGUAAUAUCCAUCCCAAAACCAGUAAUUUGCUGGAGCUGAGGGUUUUAGGUAGGCGGUAACUUCGCCAAUCGGAACUGAGUCGCCGCCGGCUAUCUGAACUGAGUCAUCAAUUGGUAAUGGGAGACCCGAGUGAUAGUAGUAGUGGUGAGGAAGAUGGAGAUGCCGCGUGGAGAGCAGCAAUCGAUUCAGUGGCCACCGCAACCUCUACUUACGUCUCUUCCAUUAUUAAUGGCUCUUCUGACAUGGCCGCCAAGCGACGUCUUACUUCGGCCGAUGAUGGCAAUGACCGCCGAAACAAAAAACUCAAACACUACCAAAUCAAGGCACAGAAGCUUUUGAAUGAAAUCUUAGAGGAAAGUUUGGUGAUGGUGAAAGAUCAUCCUAUUAAUGAACCAGUUGACGAUACCAUCAAUGAAGGUGUAAUUCGUUUGUUUAAGAAUUCUAACCCUGGAAUAGAACUUGAUCCUACCGAGGAACCUCAAGAACCAAGAAAAAGACCGAAAAUUCUUCCCGGAAAAGAAAUUGAUGAGAAAUCAAAGAAGUUCAAAAAAAGACUCCAAUCUGUUACUGUUGAUGGAGAAGAUAUAAUGGCUGCAUCAAGAAAAGCAUGCCAGAAGUCAUUGGCUAGAAUGGAAGCUAAAGAAGCAGCAGCAAAGGAAGCAGCAAAAAGGGAAGAGGAAAGAGUAGCCCAACUGAAAAAGAUUAGAGGAGAGAGAUGGCUACCCUCUCUUGCCAGAGAAAUGCAAAUGAAAUUUCCAACUUGAAUUGUCUCCAUUAGCCACCCGUACCAAACUAUUUGAUUCUAUGUUGUUGUUAUUAUUGGUUGUUUUUAUAUGAAAUAGAAAAAGGCCGCCACUGAUAAAAUUACAUUUUAAAAACCUUUUAAUGUUAUAGAACUUGAUCUUCAAAAA